GAGUUGGAAUAAUGUCCUUUGAAUCAGAGCUGUUUUGAUCUGCUAGAAAGAAACUGGCUGCUGUAAAAGGAGGGGAGAAAUCCUCAAACAUUGGACUACUCUAGGAUUUUGUGCUGAGAAGAAGGGCUUGGAGCAGGAGCUGUUGAAGAAUCGAUCCUGGUCUGAGUGGGGUAGAAGCCCAAGUGUGAGUGAGCAUGUGUGGGAUCACUGAUGCUGUGCACACAUGCUCAACAGCCAUACCUUGGAAAUGAAAAAGACACUCUUGGUUCAGUGGGCUCCAGCCCAAGGCAUGGGUUUGGUGACCUGUGCGAUAACUUGGAGAGUAAAUUCCAAGUGAUUUAUCCCUCUUCUGAUCUCUCUUGAACUCUGACUGCUCAUGUCUGUUGCUGUCAAGUGGCUGCUUCUGUAUUUAUGAGCGAGGUGGAAGCUACUGACCUGCUUUGCCUCCUCUGAAAGGCAAGCAAUAGUUCUCUCUGAGAUGGCAAGGGCGGUAUUUCUGCAUGUGCUUGGACUAAAUUUACUGUAGGGAACUGAAAAGUGUAGAUGGUGACGACUGCUGGAAGGGAAAGCGUGUAUUUACUGCUCGGUGGCAAUAGAUUUAUAGACAGUUUGGUUUAUAGAUAAAUAUUGUUGCCUCUAUUUCUGUAGCCAUAAGCAGUAGAUUUUAAAGCCUAAACUUUGCUAUAAUCUAGGGACCUUUUUGCAUUUUUUUUUCUCUAUCCCAUCUGCCGAGUUCUUCACUGGCGGCUGAGGUGUCACGUGGAGCCAGGAGAGCCAAGAGAUGUGACGCAUCCCGGUAUCCCAUGGCGCUUCCCGCGAGCAGCUGGGAGAGGAGCACUGAGGAAACCCAGCCCGGGGGAAGUUGAAAGGCAACUUUGAACGCCGAGGAAGUCGGGGCUGGCGAAGGCGCUCCGCGCUCCGGGAGUGGCCGUGUCCCCGUCCUGCUGCCGGGAGCGGCUGGCUGCAGCUGGAAGAGGGAAAGCCGCGUUAUCUGCUGCGAUCUGCCGCCUGAUUUCCAGGAGAAGAAGAAUGCCAACACGAAGAUGAAGUAGAGCGUUUCCUAUGCUGGCGGCGGCGCCCACACGCCGGUGUCGGCUGGGUAGGGACAGGCUCUCGCCUCUGGCCAAACCCAUUCCCGGGACAAGAUGAAGCCGAGGAGGAGCUUCCCGCCGCGCUGGAGCCGCAGUGACUGCUGCCCGCUUUGAAGCCCAUGUGCCACGGUCCCUGGCGAGAUGAAAGAAGUGGUGCUGUGGUCACCCGAGGAGGUGACCAACUGGCUGACGGACAAUGCCGUGCCGGAGUACUGUGAGCCCCUGAAGAGCUUCACCGGGCGGGACCUCAUCAACCUGACGGAGGAGGAUUUCAAGAAAUCCCCUCUGUCCCGGGUGUCUUCCGACAGCGGCCAGCGGCUGUUGAACAUGAUCGAGGGGCUGAAGAUGGCUCACCACAUGGAGGCUCACAAGAACGGCCACACCAACGGGCACGUGCGCGCCGGCGAUGCCGCGCGCCAGAACGGCUUCGGCGCCGCGCUCAAGCUCAAUGGGGUCCCCAACGGGUUCAAGAAGGAGAUGAUCAAGAUCCCCAUGCCGGAGCCGGAGCGCUCGCAGUAUCCCAUGGAGUGGGGCAAGACUCUCCUGGCUUUUAUUUAUGCACUUUUUUGUUUUGUCUUCACCACGGUGACUAUCUCGGUGGUUCAUGAACGAGUGCCUCCCAAGGAGGUGCAGCCUCCCCUCCCAGAUGCAUUUUUUGAUCGCUUUGAUCGGGUGCAAUGGGCUUUUUCUAUUUGUGAAAUCAACGGCAUGAUCCUUGUAGGACUGUGGUUUGUUCAGUGGCUGCUCUUAAAGUACAAGUCUAUAAUUAGCAGAAGAUUUUUCUGUAUAGUUGGCACACUAUACCUGUACCGGUGUAUUACCAUGUAUGUGACUACACUCCCAGUACCUGGAAUGCAUUUCAAGUGUUCUCCAAAGCUCUUUGGAGACUGGGAAUCUCACCUGCGAAGGAUAAUGAAGUUGAUUGCUGGCGGAGGCUUGUCCAUCACGGGCUCCCACAACAUGUGUGGGGACUACCUGUACAGCGGCCACACCGUCAUCCUAACCCUCACCUACCUGUUCAUCAAAGAGUAUUCCCCACGGCGACUCUGGUGGUACCACUGGAUCUGCUGGGCACUCAGCAUGGUGGGGAUGUUCUGCAUCCUCCUUGCUCAUGACCACUACACUGUGGACGUGGUGGUGGCUUACUACAUCACUACAAGGCUAUUCUGGUGGUACCACACAAUGGCCAACCAGCAAGUGCUAAAAGAAGCUUCCCAAACUAACCUCCUUGCAAGGGUCUGGUGGUACAAGCCCUUCCAGUACUUUGAGAAGAAUGUCCAAGGAAUUGUACCUCGCUCCUACCACUGGCCCCUGCGGUGUCCGGCGCUGGCGCGGGGCCGGCAGGUCAAGUACAGCCGCCUGGUGAGCGACACGUAACAGUGUCACCUCAGCCCUGAAAGGACUGUCCCAAGUGCUCACAACUCCAAGAGAAGAUGCCAUAAACAAAAAUCCACCGCUCCCUAACCCUUUCUUUAGCAGCUCCCUGGACCUGACCUAUUCAGUUACCUGGUAAGCACUGUGAUCUUUUUUUCUCUCCAAAGGAUCUGCGUUGGACAACAAUAAAGAGAAUUUAACUGAUCAUGCACUGUUAUACAUUUCUUGUUGAUAGAGUUGGGAUUUGCAUUUGCCCAUCACCAUGUUCCUUUGUAUAUGAUGCGACAACAUAGAUGAAAAGCUUUUAUAUCAUAAGUUCUGGUCUUUCCAGUCACGUCUGGGAACAAAGCAUAUUAUUUUCUUGGGAAAACAUACUUUUCAUAUCUCUUGCCCCAAAGAUUGGGCUGUAAGCCAUUUUCUAGCAAAUGACUAUAUGAAGGUUUCUAAAUAUCUGCCUUGGGUGAAAUCAAGAAAUCUUUCUACCUGUUGCACCGUGCUACGAAUAAGAUGAUAGACACAGAAAGGUUUGGUAAAUCCUGAUUUUGUAGAAUCUGCAGUGACUGACUGUGUCAAAAAAGUGCAAAAAAAAAAAAAACCAAACAGAAAAAAAAA